AUGCUAAGAAUAGCUUUACGGCCCAAGAGCCCACUUAAGAAAGCAUCAAUUGCAGUUCCAACUAAAUCAUUAUUAAAAAUCACGAAUUCGGUCCGUUUCAUCUCGAAGACACCAGAUGAAAUAUUCACCAAACUUUCAGAAGAAAAUGAUCCUCAAAGGGAUGCAUUCUUUAAGUAUUCUUGGGGCUCUUGGCUUGUGAAUGAUAAUCAUGAAAAGGCCAAAAGGACUACUCGUUUCUCCAUUGAAGGUUUGAACGAUGUGCUGAACGGCAUUUAUACUCAAUCGAAAGAAAACGCUCAGCAGUUUGAUGAAUCGCAUGUGCCUGCCCCCAUUGAUAACAGCAACCGCACUGUUAGUUUACCACAUAAUGUAUCGAUCAAGAAUUUAGGUACGGUUAAUCCUAACGAGAAUAUUCGUGUAACUGCUAUGGCCAGUAUUCAUGAAGGUAAGCACCACAGAAUUUAUAAGGUGGAUACAAAUGCGGGAAAGUCUUUUGUCUUGAGAAUUCCGUACGCCUUGGAAAAUGAGAAAACGAUUUCAUACAGGAUCAAUAGUGAAGUUGCUACUAUGGAUUUUGUAGACUUAAAGCUCGGGCUGAAAGUUCCGAAGGUUUUCUGUUAUGCGUCAGAAGCUUCAAAUCCAAUUAGACAACCCUUUAUUCUCCAGGAAUACGUCGAUGGAAGACUUUUAAUGAGAGAUUGGAACCCGUUAGAAGAUGACGCAGAGGAUAAGGAAUCUCAUGUAAAAAAGUUGAACAGUGUUAUCGAGCCUUUGUCUAAGAUGCAAGCCAAAAUGUCUGAAAUUGAAUUCACUCAAUUCGGCAGUUUAUAUUUCGCAAAGGAUUGUGAAGUGAGUGAAUUACCAGCUUACCAAAACGAAAGCAAUGAGGAUUUGCAAAAAAGAUGGCAGGUGGGUCCUACUACCGAAAGAUGCUUUUGGAGAAAGAAGUCUGCGCUCAAAUUUGAAGAGCUCAAGAGAUAUAUCGGCCCAUGGCCUCUCUCUCAGCCUAUGGAUAUUAUUAAGAAUACGGGUCUAGUUGAGGCUGAAAAUGCAAAGGCCAGAUUGGCAUUGAAGGAAGCUGGCGCUUCUCCUGAAACCGUCGACAAAACGGUACUAAGUGAACAAGUUCGCACCUUCGACAAUAUUGCAAGAAUAUCAACAGCCUUAUUCAACACUAAUACGAGUGCAAUCCCCAAUAUCAAGGAUCUUUUGAAGCCCAGACUAUAUCAUCCUGAUCUGGAUCCUAUGAACGUGCUAUUGAGCGUAAAGGACGAAAAUGCCCCAUAUUUAUUAGAUUUCGAAGGCGCAUGUAUAAAGCCUUUCAUUUUACAAAACUCGCCACAAUUUGUGGCAUAUGAUGGUCCUAAGAUCUAUAACCUUGAGGAAGAUAUCGAAGGUUACAAGGACAUGUCGAAUGAAGAAAAAAUGCAAUAUCAAUUCAUGUACAAACGUACUCGCAAUCAGUUCUUGUGGGAGUCAGCGUUGAACAAAAACUCAAACAACUUGAUUUCUUCUGUUGCUCCGCCAGUCAAACUAUUGAGAAGCCCAUACAUUGCCUGUGUUGAGAGAAAGAGCGACAUGGAGUACUUGCUGAUUGAUGAAGCGUUGAUUCAGCUAAGAGAGGUUUGGGAUGUCUUUGCAAAGAACGGUCUUGUUAGCGAGAAAUCCUUUCCAUUAGAGUUCUCCAAAGAGCAGCUUGAAAAACAUGCCAAGGACCUUACAGCAUUCCAUGAAAAGCUGAUUUCCUCGCCUUUUGCGGCCACGCAAGGCUGGAUUCCUCAAGACAUGUUUGAUAAUCUGGUGAAGUCCCAAAUUCUAGUAAAAGGAGAAGACGGAAACUACGCUUUGAACACCGCAAAUGUGUAA